GUGUGCAUCUUCCGCCUGGUGAAACCGCGCAUGUGUUGAUCCGUGCUGCAGCAACGUGCAUCAGUUCCUCUCUGACCCCGGCCGGUGUUAAUCUGCAUUCAGGCUGAGGCUCCAAUGCUUUUCUCGGCGGCUCGUUAUUGUUUUAGCUCAUCACUUGGCUCUUCUCUGCUCCUGCCAGCUUUCUAGGCCCCUGCCGAGCGGCCGCAGCGGCGGCGAGGAGCUUUCGGCUCGUAUCGAUCUCGUUCAGCCGGCUUCCACUCCAACGCACGUCCGUCUCGGAUCCAGAUUCGCAAGCCUCGCCCUCCCACCCCCGAGCUAACGCGCGUAAUGAAUCGCGAAGAGGAAACCCAGUGAAAAAAAGGACUUGUCCAUCUGCGGGGAAAAAAGAAAAACGAAGAUGGUGAUUACGGCUUCGCCAAAAUCAGCUUUCAGAUGCUCGGCACCAAUGGCGAAGCGUCCCCUCCCAUCGAAGCUCUUAGUCUGGGUUUUUAUUGUCAUCAAUCUGUCAACAAGCUCUCUCCAGAAUGAUGAUGACGACGAGGUGUCUAACAAAACAUGGGUGCUGACUCCCAAGGUGUAUGAAAGUGAUGUCACACACGUCCUAAACAGCCUACUAGAUGGAUACGACAACAAACUCAGACCCGACAUUGGAGUCAAGCCCACAGUGAUCCACACAGACAUGUUUGUCAACAGUAUCGGCCCAGUAAAUGCAAUUAAUAUGGAAUACACCAUCGACAUCUUUUUUGCUCAGACCUGGUAUGACAGGAGGUUAAAGUUCAACAGCACCAUGAAAGUUCUGCGCCUCAACAGCAACAUGGUUGGAAAGAUCUGGAUCCCUGACACGUUUUUUCGCAAUUCAAAGAAGGCCGACGCCCACUGGAUCACCACACCCAACCGCAUGUUGAGGAUCUGGAAUGAUGGAAGAAUUCUUUACACUCUCAGGCUGACCAUCGAUGCAGAGUGCCAGCUGAAACUGAACAACUUCCCAAUGGAUGAGCACUCCUGCCCCCUGGAGUUUUCAAGCUAUGGCUACCCCAGGGAGGAGAUUGUUUACCGGUGGAAAAGGAGCUCCGUGGAGGUUGGGGAUAUUCGUUCCUGGAGGCUUUACCAGUUCUCCUUUGUGGGCCUGAGAAACACCUCUGAGGUAGUCAGAACCGUCUCAGGGGACUAUGUAGUGCUGACGGUCUUUUUUGACCUGAGCAGGAGGAUGGGCUACUUCACCAUCCAGACCUACAUACCAUGCACACUUAUUGUUGUCCUCUCCUGGGUCUCCUUCUGGAUCAACAAAGAUGCAGUGCCUGCAAGGACUUCAUUAGGUAUCACUACUGUGCUGACCAUGACCACACUGAGUACCAUAGCCAGAAAGUCGCUUCCAAAAGUGUCAUAUGUGACCGCCAUGGAUCUGUUUGUGUCUGUCUGCUUCAUCUUCGUCUUCGCUGCCCUCAUAGAGUACGGCACGCUGCACUACUUUGUCAGCAACAGGAAGCAGAGCGCCAAAAAGGACAAGAAGAAGAAAAACCCGCUCCUUCGGCUCUUUUCCUCAAAGCAGACACCAACGGUGGACAUCCGCCCACGCUCAGCCACGGCGAUUCAGAUGAACAACGCCACACACAUGCAGGAGCGGGACGAGGAGUACGGCUAUGAAUGUCUAGAUGGAAAGGACUGCACCAGCUUCUUCUGCUGUUUCGAAGACUGCCGCUCCGGAGCCUGGCGGCACGGCAGGUUGCACAUCCGCAUCGCCAAGAUAGACUCGUAUGCACGCAUCUUUUUCCCCACUGCAUUUGCCCUCUUCAACCUGGUCUACUGGGUCUCCUAUCUCUAUCUCUAAGCUGGGGUGUGUAUGCAGCUUUAGCCUAUGGUCUGUUACAUUUUGCAUAUGCUCUGCUCCAGCAAGUGACAUUUAAAGGGAACCUGUAUGAAAUCCCCACAUUAUCUUCUAGUUUUUGUUGUUGUUGUUGUUGUAGCAUUACAUUAUGCUAGUGUGACACAUUUCAUUUGUUUAAUUGCACAAAAUAAUAAAAAAAAAAGAAAAGGGAAAUUGACCAAAGGGGUUUGCAGAAAGAUCAAAUUAGGACAUUAUUAGAUUAGAGUUAAAUGAAAUCAAUUGAAAACAUCCUGAUGUUUUUUUUUUAUAGAUUACUUCUUCUUAUAUUCAUCUAUUAUGCAUCACUUGGUUAUUUUAAUCCUUUUUUCCAAUUACUGAAAUACACAAAAGCAGAAGCACUUUAAAGAAGCUGUGUUCAGGAGCGACAUUAUUCAUUUCUUCCUUUAAAGCUAACUUGUUUUUUUUUCUUUCAUUACACAAUAAUAAAUGACACAUCACAAUAUGUGCAGUCAGAGGACAAUAACAUGAACAAAUUCAGCUGUACAAACUUUUAUUUAAACUUUCUUUAACCAGGUAAGUCGAUGGAGAACCAAUUUUCAUUUACAAAGACAACCUGGACCUAUGAAGCAUGUUUUUUUUUUUACUUUUGGACUGUAUAUAUUUUAAAAAGACAUGGUUGUUUACAUUUAUUGCAUGCAACUUUCAAACCAAAAAUCUGCAUUUUUUUUAUCACUGUCUACUGUUGGCUAUGGAAAUGAGAACGAUUAAACAGUUGAUUAUUUUUUAGCAUUUAGUUUUUUAGCAUUUAGUUGCACUUUUUUAAGAAUAUGGCUGAAAAAUGGGUACAAAUCUGUUUUCUACAGACAUUCACACCAAGUUUCCAAUCAUUAUCCAAUUGUUUAAAUUAUUGGAAAAUUAUCUAGUAAAAUGUAGACAGGAUAAUUUGGAUGCUGUUAUCUAAGAAACAGAUUUUAGAUCAAUAUAAAAGCAGAUACUGUUUAACAUCAAGCCUCUUUCUGCCAUUUAUUUUAAAAACAGCAGCAAUGUUUUUAUUUUGUCAACUUAUCUCUACCCACAUUAGCAAAGCUAACGCAAAACCGCUCGCGCCGACCAUUGACUGUAUAAGAGAACUGGAUCGAGUGAGUGUGACGUCCCUCGCUUCCCUUUCCAACCAAAUGAAGUCAAUUCAGUCGACAUUUCUUGGGAUACGGGAUCUUGCCAUGUAGGAGCCAGAAAUCGUCAGGAGGCAGGGAUUAGUGUGAGUUGGUCUGAGUACUUCCUGCUUGGAACAUGAAGGGGAGGGGUCACUCAGUCCAGUUCUCUUAUACAGUCAGUGGUGCUGACAUGUUUGCCAAGAGCAGAUGGGUGGUGGGUUUGAAAGUGACAGGAAAAUGGAAAGUUAUGACGUAUAAAAAUUAAAUCAGAUAAUUAACCACCAUGUAGACUGGGAUAUUCUGAUGAUCACAUUUCCAUAGUCAAUUUGCAAAUCUGAUUUCUCCCGGUUUUCCAAUUUUUGCGAGCGUGCAGACAGGCCCAGUGACGCUUCUUAGCGAAAAAGCACACAUUUGCACAAUUAUAGGUUUUUCCAUUUUGCUUAUGCAAGCUUCCUCAAGAGAAACCCGGUGAAAACAAGCAGUUCUUUUACCUAAUUUAUUGCAGCUGCAGUAUGACACGCAGUGUUCUAAUAUCUAAUUUAGCUAAAGCAUCAACAAAAAAAGCUGGUUCAUAAACUAGAUAAAAAUGUGUACACAACACAUGUACAGGCUCUGUUUUUAAAAGAAUUGUAUCAAGAGCUCAAAUUUCAAAUGGUUUAUAAGAAAAUCCCACAUGUUUUGUUAUUUGUUUGUUUUGUUUGAAUCAAAUUCAGCUUGAAUGUGUGAAGAGUUUAUUGACAUCUGAAAUGUAACUGUUUUGCACAGGAAUUAGAGUCCCUGACCGGUCAAUUCGGAUAGACGACAUAAUGCAACUGACAGUGUAGCACUACCCUCUGUAAACUAAUAGGAAAUGGGUGUAAAUCACAUCAUUUAUGUACAUAAGUAGUAAUGGAAAAAAAGACACACUUGUCAAGCCCAUGGCAUUUUGUAAUAGGGCAUAUAUUUUGUAAUUUUAGCAAGGUUACAGUAUAUCAAUAUAAUCCACCAUAUUAUACUUGCUGUAUUAUGUUGGACUGAUCACGCAAGGCAUCUGGGUGAAGUUUAAGGUGGGAGGUAGGGUAAUUUAUUUAUCUAUUGAUGUUAUUUAUUCAUCAUUAUGUUCAAUAAAAUGCCUCUUUAGCCCCUUAAAAAUAACAGCAAGCAAAAAAAAUAAAAAAUAAAGGAUAAAGAGUCUUUUAUUAACUUUCUGUUGUCAGUGGAGCUUGAGCUUAUUUAUCUUGUGUUUUCUAUGUUGUGACCAAUGUAUGCUUCUUCAACAAAGGUAUGUCAAGCUGUUAUAUUUGCGUGAUUUCUAACAUUCCCAUCUUCCAGGAUCUGAGUAUUGGAUUUUUAAAAAAUGGAUAAAUUAAAAAAAAAUAAUAAUCCGAAAGCAGCUCCUAAAUCACCACAAGAAAAGUGCUAGCUUUAGUUUGACUGUAAUUUCACACUGUUUUCUAAAAAAUGAAACUUUUCUUAACUUGAAAGAGCACCGAUCAAGAUCCAGAUGUGUUACUUUAACAAUUUCUUAGGCUGUUUAUUUCCCUUCAUGUGUGUGAUGGUUGUCGUGUACGGUUCAACGCUGCCGCUUAGUUACCUGAACCCGUCUUCAAUAAACACAUGCUCUGUUUCUCACAUCUUUAGGGAAGUAGGAGUGUAACUAGUUACAUACACUCACUUUAAUCAGUGUUUAGUUGUUGACAACCAUUCACCUGUCUGAUUUCUUCAGUUUUGAUGUGCCAAAAUAAGAAAAAAACUAUAAUUCUGAUUUUUUUUUUCCAAACGUUUUUACAUCAGAAAAUAGCGAAUGGAAAUGCAGGUGCUUUAGAAAUGUUUUUUUGAAUUCAUUAUUGAGAUUUUUUGUUUCUCUUGUUUUUGUCCAAAAUGUCUUUUGAUAAAAAGCAAAGGAAAUUAAACAAUGAUUCAACCUAAAA